AUGCCCCUGCGCCACUACCAGGAGUGCAAGGGCUACGUGGAUGACGCCGACCUGGCAGCGGCCGAACGCCAAUACGGCAAGAACGAGUGCGGCCUUUGCAAGCAUUACUCCUCUCGUGCCAUUUGCAGUGCAUGUGAUGCCUUGAAUGACUCAUCCGAACACAAGCUGUGCUGUCUUGAGCUGGAGGUGCCUGAGUUUGGUGCGCUGUUCAAGGGGCACGUGCACGCGCCCUUCUUUGUGUUCCAAGUGUUCUGCGUGGCACUGUGGUGCCUGGAUGAGUUCUGGUACUACAGUGUGUUCACCCUGUUCAUGCUGGUUGCAUUUGAGUGCACCCUGGUGCAGCAGCAACUGCGCAAUCUUUCCCUAAUCCGCAAGAUGGGCAACAAGCCGUAUAUGAUCCAGGUCUACAGAAACAGGAAGUGGAGACCUAUUCUAAGCUGCGAUCUCAUUCCCGGUGACAUUGUGUCUAUAGGUCGAUCCCAAAAUGAGAACCUUGUUCCAUGCGACAUGCUGCUUCUGCGUGGGCCAUGCAUUGUGGAUGAGUCCAUGCUCACUGGAGAGUCAGUGCCACAGAUGAAGGUGAGUGUGUUACAACAUGUGAUGAAAACGUGCAGUAAAGUUUACUUUGGUAAAUAUAACUCCGUACAUAUCAUUGCAUGCAAGGUUCAUAGUGGUUGAAUGAUAUACUGCCAU